AAGCCCUGGGAGCGCCGGACGGAAGCGCCGCUGGGACUGACACGUGGACUUGGGCGGUGCUGCCCCAGUGAGCCGGCUGGGCGGGAGCCGGGCUCCAGACUCGCUGCGCCCUGGCAGUCCCUGCCCGAUGCAGCAGUGCCCGGACGAGGCCCGCAGGGAUGCGGCCGAGGACGCCCAGUGGUCCAGGCCCGAGUGCCAGGCGUGGACGGGGACGCUGCUGCUGGGCACGUGCCUGCUGUACUGUGCCCGCGUCAGCAUGCCCGUCUGCACCGUCUCCAUGAGCCAGGACUUCGGCUGGAACAAAAAGGAGGCGGGCAUCGUGCUCAGCAGCUUCUUCUGGGGCUACUGCCUGACGCAGGUCGUGGGCGGCCAUCUGGGGGACCGGAUCGGGGGUGAGAAGGUCAUCCUGCUGUCAGCCUCCGCCUGGGGUUUCAUCACCGCUGCCACCCCGCUGCUUGCCCACCUGGGCAGUGCCCAGCUGGUCUUCAUGACCUUCUCACGCAUCCUCACAGGCUUGCUCCAAGGGGUUUACUUUCCUGCGCUGACCAGCCUCCUCUCGCAGAAGGUUCGGGAGAGCGAGCGUGCCUUCACCUACAGCACUGUGGGGGCCGGCUCCCAGUUUGGGACGCUGGUGACGGGGGCCGUGGGCUCCCUGCUACUGGACUGGUAUGGCUGGCAAAGCGUCUUCUACCUGUCCGGCGGCCUCACCCUGCUGUGGGUGUGUUACGUGUACAGGUAUCUGCUGAGUGAACAAGAUCUCAUCCUGGCCUUGGGCGUGUUGGCCCAAGGCCUGCCGGUGGCCAGGCACCCCAGGGUUCCCUGGAGACAGCUCUUCCGGAAGCCUUCCGUCUGGGCGGCCAUCUUCUCCCAGCUCUCGGCAGCCUGUUCCUUCUUCAUCCUGCUGUCCUGGCUGCCGACUUUCUUUAAGGAGACGUUCCCCGGCUCCAAGGGCUGGGUCUUCAACGUGGUGCCCUGGCUGGUAGCGAUUCCAGCCAGUCUGUUCAGCGGGUUUCUCUCUGACCACCUCAUCAGCCAGGGUUACAGAACCAUCACCGUGCGGAAGUUCAUGCAGGUGAUGGGCCUGGGCUUGUCCAGCGUUUUUGCCCUGUGUUUGGGUCAAACCUCGAGCUUUUGCAAGUCUGUGUUCUUUGCAUCAGCCUCCAUUGGCCUCCAGACCUUCAACCACAGUGGCAUUUCCGUUAAUAUCCAGGACCUGGCCCCGUCCUGCGCUGGUGUACUCUUCGGUGUGGCCAACACAGCUGGGGCCUUGGCAGGUGUCGUGGGUGUGGGCCUGGGUGGUUACCUGAUCGAGACCACGGGCUCCUGGACGUCCAUGUUCAACCUGGUGGCCGCCAUCAGCAGCCUGGGGCUGUGCACCUUCCUGAUGUUUGGAAAGGCCCAGCGGGUGGACCUGAGCCCCAUCCGUGAGGACCUCUAGCUGCCUGGGCCCACGGUCGCCUGAGGACCUGGCUCCAGCCGACGCAGGAUAAAGGGCUUGGUUUAAGAGCCUGUUGCUUGUGUGACAGAGGAGAGAGUGAGCCUCAGCUGAGUGUGUGUAUGUGUCGGGGGCAGCGCCAGGCAGCCCGCUCAGGCCCCAGGUGCUUCUGUUGUUGGGCACAGUGCCCUCCUCUCAGGGUCGGUGGGACUGUCAGCUGAGUGGAGUUAGUGUUUUUAGUGGCAGCAGCUUUAAGACAUACACGGUCUGCUCCAUGUGGUCAGACGUGUCCCUACCAUCGGCCCGCCUAUGCAUCGCUGAGGGGCCAGAUUGCAUUUGCACCCAAAUCUGUUUUGCUUUGUUUCUGAUGACCCCCGCCCCCAGCCAUGACCAUCAACACCAUCUCUGACAUCACCAGUGUCCUCAUGGAGGACCACGGCUCUACAUGAAGGCUGUUGGAUGGGUGGGCUAUGGGCACGAGCCCUUUGGCCAUGGUUUGGGGACCCCCUGCCCCUGGUGCCCCCUCUAACCCCCGUGGAUCCCUGGGCACUAGCAAUGCAUUCUGCUUCUCUGGCAACUGGUGACCAGCUGCGAGGGGAGUGUGGGCACUCCCUCUUGUCCAAGGUACUCCCUGAAACCAGGCAAACAACCUUUCCCUGUUUAUUAUAGAGGAGCCGUCUCAUGAAUUAAUAAUAGAUUUUGUAAGAUGUAUGUGUGGAGAAAAGAAACUACAAAAUUGUGGACAAUCAUAACAAAGCCUUAUUUAAAUGAUGACUAUUAAACUAUUUAAAAGACUGUUACUUUAUUAACACAAAUUUUAAGAAUAAAUACUUGUUAAAGA